GUAUGACGGCGCGUCUCUUUGUUGGUCCACAGCGGCAGCUGCGCUCAUGUUGAUGUAGCUAGCUACUCUCUUCACGGAAAUAUUUCGUCUCUUGUUUCAUUGCGGCCUGUACACAUUCUCGUAUCUAGCGUUUGUAUCAUACCUUGUCACGAUAUCAAAUUAACCGAGUAAUGGACUCAGACGAGGGGUACAAUUAUGAAUUCGACGAGGAGGAAGAGGAAUGCAGCGAAGACAGCGCUGAGGAGGAUCCCGAAGACGACACCCUGGAAGUGGAGUUGGAUGACCCUGUUGUGGCCGGUGGAGAGCGAGAUGAAUGUGGGGAGACCGGGGGCAGUGGACUAGGGCCCGGUCAAGACGAGGAGGACUAUCGGUUCGAGGUUCUGACUGCUGAACAAAUCCUUCAGCAUAUGGUCGAGUGUAUCAGGGAGGUCAAUGAUGUCAUCCAGAACCCUGCAACGAUAACAAGAAUACUUCUUAGUCACUUCAACUGGGACAAAGAGAAACUGAUGGAAAGGUAUUUUGAUGGGAACCUUGACAAAUUGUUCUCGGAAUGCCAUGUCAUCAACCCCAGCAAGAAGUCGAGGACACGGCUGAUGAACACGAGGUCCUCUGCUCAGGACCUUCCCUGUCAGAUCUGCUACCUGAACUACCCAAACUCGUACUUCACUGGCCUGGAGUGUGGACACAAGUUCUGCAUGCAGUGUUGGGGGGACUACUUGACUACCAAAAUCAUCGAGGAGGGGAUGGGGCAGACUAUUUCCUGCCCUGCUCACAGCUGUGAUAUAUUGGUGGACGACAACACAGUCAUGAGACUAAUCACAGAAUCCAAGGUCAAGCUGAAGUACCAACACUUGAUUACCAAUAGUUUUGUAGAGUGCAAUCGACUGUUAAAAUGGUGCCCAGCGCCAGACUGCCAUCACGUAGUCAAAGUCCAGUACCCAGAUGCCAAGCCUGUGAGAUGCACAUGUGGCCGUCAGUUCUGCUUCAAUUGUGGUGAGAACUGGCAUGAUCCCGUCAAGUGUAAGUGGUUGAGGAAAUGGAUCAAGAAGUGUGACGACGACAGUGAGACGUCCAACUGGAUCGCAGCGAAUACAAGGGAGUGCCCCAAAUGCCACGUGACCAUUGAGAAGGACGGUGGCUGCAACCACAUGGUGUGUCGGAACCAGAGCUGCAAGGCUGAGUUCUGCUGGGUCUGCCUGGGGCCCUGGGAACCACACGGCUCUGCCUGGUACAACUGCAACCGCUACAAUGAGGAUGAUGCCAAGGCAGCGAGGGACGCACAAGAGGUAACACGGUCCAGGGCAGCGCUGCAGAGGUACCUGUUCUACUGCAACCGCUACAUGAACCACAUGCAGUCGCUGCGCUUCGAGCACAAGCUGUACGCCGGGGUCAAGCAGAAGAUGGAGGAGAUGCAGCAGCACAACAUGUCCUGGAUCGAGGUGCAGUUCCUGAAGAAGGCCGUGGACGUGCUGUGUCAGUGUCGCUCCACACUCAUGUUCACCUACGUCUUCGCCUUCUACCUCAAGAAGAACAACCAGUCCAUCAUCUUUGAGAACAAUCAGGCUGACUUGGAGAAUGCCACAGAGGUUCUGUCUGGAUAUCUGGAGCGGGACAUCUCCCAGGACUCUCUGCAGGACAUCAAACAGAAAGUACAGGACAAGUACAGAUACUGUGAGAGUCGGCGGAGGGUUCUGCUGCAGCAUGUGCAUGAGGGCUAUGAGAAGGAUCUGUGGGAGUACAUAGAAGAUUGAGGAUGGACUCUUUACUAAAACCCCUUCUACAGACUAGAGCACUGAUGCAAUGCCACGGGGCAACACUGGUUUUCAGCUAUUGUUGCUGAUCUUCCCAAUAUUGCGUUUUUUGUUUUUUUUCUUGGGUUUUGUUUAAUGGAAAAGUUUAUAAAUUAUAUCAAAAUAAAAAAAAGAGGUAGAAUAUUUCAAACAUUAAUCGUACAACAGUAUUGUUUGUAGCAGAUUUGAUUGUGAGGACAAAAAAAAGAAAAGAUCUCCCCACUUCUCUCAAUUGGUCACUAUUGUAACAUCACUCCCUUUCCCCAACUACUCUGUUCAGUUUUCCAGUGAGAUGUAUUUUAUUUGUUUCAUUUUAAGUACCCUUGUUUGGGACAUGGGGUUUGUGUUCAACACAGUCCAACUGUUCAAGCCAUGUUCAUUGAGUGUGGUUAGAUCCCAUGUAGGGUUGUUGAAUGUUGAUUUGCUGAUUGUAAGGUGUCAAACCAUAUGGGCUGGCAGACAAAAAGCAAAGGGAGUGCAAAAAAAAAAAAGAAGGAAACAUGUUUUUCAAUUUGUAAAUAACGCAUAUGCAUGGAACAGCAAGUGUGGCAUUUUUUUUUUUUUUUUUAUUUUUAGAAAAAUAUUUAUUCUUUUUCAAAUAUUCAAUAUAGUUGCUGUGUAGAAGACAAGUUCCCUCCUGCUUUAAAAAAUAAAAAAGAAGAGGUGUUUGUGAGGGUUUGGAAGCUGUGUAGCUUCUUCACCCAGGAGAACAAGGAAAGAAACAGUUUGAACGAACGAUAGAACUCUGACUGGGUUGUAGUAGCUUUAAAGCAAAUCUGACUAAACAAAAUCCACUAAAGGAUAGCAUUAGUAGGUGAGAGAAUGAGACUAAAGAACAAACCAUAUUUUUUAACAGCAAGCCAGACUGUAGUUCAGGUAAUACAUUGAUUAUUCAUAGUUGGAAUUGACCUCGCAACUUUCAGAGGUUAUCAGCUAAUUGCACCUGAGGGGUUUUGAGAAAUGAAUAGAGAAUGACUUGGAAAGGAGUCCGGCUGUGUCUUAAAUAGUACCCUAUUCUCUAUAAAGUGCACUUAUUUUGACCAGAGCCCUAUCUAUGGGAGCCCCAUCUAUGGGAGCCCUAUCUAUGGGAGCCCUAUGGGCCCUGGUCAAAAGUAGUGCAUUAUGUAGGGAAUAGGGUGCCAUUUGGGAUGCAAGCCAUGUCCUGUUUGUUCUAACCCCUCCUCCUCCCUUCCUCCUUGUUGUUUUGGUGUCCGAUCACCUCUCCUCCUGUUUCUCCUUAGAAGUUCUCCGUUCCAGAUAACACACUACCAACUGUUUCAUGAGAGCCAAAUUGAGUGACAUUCACUCAUAAAAAAAAAAAAUAAACAAAUGUAUUUCUUUUUCAGGCUUGAGCUUUUCCUCAUGGUUUUUGCAUGCACCUUGGUAACGUGGGAGGCAGUAGGGCACCUUGGUAACCUGGGAGGCAGUAGGGCGCCUUGGUAACCUGGGAGGCAGUAGGGCGCCUUGGUAACGUGGGAGGCAGUAGGGCACCUUGGUAACGUGGGAGGCAGUAGGGCGCCUUGGUAACGUGGGAGGCAGUAGGGCGCCUUGGUAACCUGGGAGGCGGUAGGGCACCUUGGUAACCUGGGAGGCGGUAGGGCACCUUGGUAACCUGGGAGGCGGUAGGGCACCUUGGUAACCUGGGAGACGGUAGGGCACCUUGGUAACCUGGGAGGCGGUAGGUAAUUCCCUGAAAGUGCUGUUUAAACUUGAGUCAGUCGGCAUGACGACAGUACCUAGUCCUAGGCCCCUAAAGAACUAGAAGCUGUGACAGAGCUGGCUGAGAAAACCUACCCCGUUUCCCCCCGCUCUAUCUGUGUUCUGUAAAGGAGUAUUGCUUUCUAUAGCACCAUGCAGUUGAGUUAUACGAACUGCUUUAUGAGCUUCAAGGAAAGAGUCUUGUCCGACAGCUGCAUUUCAAAAGAAAAAAUCGUUACCGGGCAUAAAGAGCUGAUGUUUUGAGAUGUCUGUUGUUGUAAAGCUUUGGCAUCUAGACUAUGAGAGUGGCGUUUACACUGGCAGUGAGUCCGAAAUGCCACCCUACUCCCUAUAUAAGUGCACUACUUUUGACCACACAGACCAAUGGGUAGUAGUGCACUAGAGGGAAUAGGGUGUCAUUUGGGACGUAGCUUGGGUUGUACAAACAUGGUUGACAUGAUGAUGCCAUUUACCUUCGUAACACUUUCCAGUUUUAUAUGAGCGUACGAGGUCCAAAACAAGACUACCCUAGCCCAGGGAAGUGGCAGGAGUAGUCACAGUGACGUCUUCUGUCAGUGCUUGUUGGAAUACGUUUCUCAAUGCGCUGUAGCCCUCAAGAAAGAAAAGAGUCUGGCAUUUGACACCGAUGUGGCCGACAAGAAGGAAACAAAGAUUUUUCUUCACCAAAGCGUGAAUCAUCUGAAAAUACUAUUUUUUAUCUCUGUUUCUGAUACUUUCUGUGAAAUGGGAAGGUCAGAUACAGUUGCUUUCAUGUAUUAUAACCAUUCUUACAAACAAAUGUCCUAUUUAAAUAAAUGUCAUUCAAAAGGAA